UGUAGUAAAUGUUUUCUAAACCUGAUUUAGAAUCUUUUUUUGUUGUGUAUUUAGAAUUGAUUUACUGUUUAUAAUAUAUGAUGCUUAUAUAAAUAAAUUCUGAUGUCACCAACGUUAUUCUGUCCAAAACUACAUACGUUUACAAUGUGCCAUGCAGAUGUUGCUACCAGGGAGGAGGACACCUCCAGGGAGCUCUCUGUUGGUGAACUGCUGGAGAGAGCCAACAGAAACCGCAACCCUGACUUCGAUGAGCCCAUCCUGAUCGGAGGAGACAUCGCUAUCAACUCUGAGUCCGAAAGAAACGCUGACCCCUGCACCUCCAGAGGCUGCCUGUGGCAGAAGUGGUCUGAUGGGAAGGUCUACAUCCCCUAUUACAUCGCCAACCACUACUCCUCCAGAGAGCAGUCCAUCAUCAUCCGAGGCCUGGAUUCUUUUUCUGGAGUUUCCUGCAUCAGGUUCAGACCCUACCAGAACGGUGACAACGAGUGGCUGAGCAUCGAGUCCAGGGACGGCUGCUACUCCUACGUGGGUCGUCAGGGUGGAGGUCAGACGGUGUCUCUGAGCCGUCAGGGCUGCCUGUACCACAGCACCGUCCAGCACGAGCUGCUCCACGCCCUGGGCUUCAACCACGAGCAGACCCGCUCCGACAGAGACAACCACAUCAGGGUGUACCUGGAAAACGUCAUCGAUGGCAUGCAGUACAACUUUGACAAGAUUGCCACUCUGAACCAAGGAACUCCUUAUGACUACAACUCUGUCAUGCAGUAUGAGAAGUACGCGUUCUCCAAGAACAACCGCCCCACCAUGCUGCCCGUUCCCAACAGCAACGUCCCCUUCGGACAGGCCACCCAGAUGAGCAGGAACGACAUCGACAGGCUGAACAGACUCUACCAGUGCUAAACUGACAAUGACCUUUGACCCGCUGUCCUGAUGACAUCAAAACAGGCAAUUAAGGCCCUGAGGAUUUCAGACGGAAAGCAGAUGGGGUCAUACUGCAAAUGUACUAUAUGAGCAUCACAUGUUAAAGAGAAAUUUCAUUUCAAAUAGCAUUUCAUUACAUUCUCAUAUUUGGUUUGAUUGCUUUUGAUCAGAAAAUAAAACUAUUUCAGCAUUACAA